CAGCACUGCUCUUUGGUUUCCCCAGCAGGGGGCGCUCCCUCUUCCAGUGACUGGACACAUUAUUCCGCAGCGCUGAGGAGAAUGCGGUACCGCAGCCUCUUCAUGUAUGAUCGCGACAUCUGUACAGACGCCUGAGAUCAGCCGAUCCUCCAGCACAGAGCACAAUGGUCACCGCACACACGUCACUCCCCUCCGACGUCCUGCCCCGCCCAUGGACCGCAAAGCCCCGCCUCCGGCCCUUGCCCAGUGACGUCACCGUGCUUGCGGCCUCCAUCUUGAAGCCGCGGCCUCAGAGUCCGGUCCUCCCGCCCCGGGCAGCGGCCUCCCCCGGUAUCCGCCUCCAUCCGGAGCCCGGGACCUGCAGUGGCCAGGGGGCAGCAUGGCGGGAGCUGGCGGAGGCAAUGAUAUUCAAUGGUGUUUUUCUCAGGUGAAAGGAGCUGUGGAAGACGAUGUCUCGGAAGCUGAUAUCAUAUCUACGGUAGAAUUUAACCAUUCUGGAGAAUUAUUAGCCACUGGAGAUAAAGGAGGACGUGUGGUCAUCUUCCAGCAGGAGAGUAAAAGCCCUUAUCAUAGAGGGGAAUAUAGUGUCUAUAGCACUUUCCAGAGCCACGAGCCUGAAUUCGACUACUUGAAGAGUUUAGAAAUCGAAGAGAAGAUCAACAAGAUUCGAUGGUUACCACAGAAGAACGCAGCACAGUUCCUGUUGUCUACAAAUGAUAAAACUAUCAAGCUGUGGAAAAUCAGUGAACGUGACAAAAGACCAGAAGGUUACAACCUUAAAGAAGAAAAUGGGAGAUAUAGGGAUCCAACCACUGUGACCACUCUCAGGGUGCCAGUAUUCCGCCCCAUGGACCUGAUGGUUGAAGCUAGUCCUCGGAGAAUAUUCGCCAACGCUCAUACCUAUCACAUCAAUUCCAUCUCUGUCAAUAGUGACUAUGAGACGUAUCUGUCGGCAGACGACCUUCGAGUCAAUCUUUGGCACUUGGAGAUCACAGACAGAAGCUUUAAUAUCGUAGAUAUUAAACCGGCCAACAUGGAGGAGCUGACCGAAGUGAUCACGGCAGCGGAGUUCCAUCCACAUCACUGCAACACUUUUGUAUACAGCAGCAGCAAAGGCACCAUCCGUCUGUGUGAUAUGCGCGAGUCGGCGCUGUGCGAUCGCCACUCCAAGUUGUUUGAGGAGCCAGAAGAUCCCAGCAAUAGAUCCUUCUUCUCAGAGAUCAUCUCUUCCAUUUCUGAUGUGAAGUUUAGCCACAGUGGGCGCUAUAUGAUGACCAGGGACUACUUAUCUGUCAAAAUCUGGGACUUGAACAUGGAGAGCCGUCCUGUGGAAACAUAUCAGGUACACGAAUACCUCAGGAGUAAGCUCUGCUCCUUAUAUGAGAACGACUGCAUCUUCGACAAGUUUGAGUGUUGUUGGAACGGACCUGACAACGUUGUCAUGACCGGUUCCUACAACAACUUUUUCCGAAUGUUUGACCGCAACACCAAACGUGACAUCACCCUUGAGGCCUCACGGGAGAACAGCAAGCCACGCAUGGUGCUGAAACCACGUAAAGUGUGUGCCAGCGGCAAACGGAAGAAGGAUGAGAUCACGGUGGACAGUCUGGACUUCAACAAGAAGAUCCUGCAUACAGCCUGGCACCCUAAAGAAAACAUCAUUGCUGUGGCCACCACCAAUAACCUGUAUAUAUUCCAGGACCGGGUCAAUUAGUACUGACCUCUCCAUACAGGACAGUCCUUUAGUCCAACUAGUUCCAAUAGUCGAGCCUAGAAUUCAUACCCUGUUCCAAAACUGAAGAAAACUUCUGACAGUGCGGGAACUCUUGCCAGUCCCUCCCCGUCUGACUUUUCCAGUGUUUAAGGUGCCAUUGAUUCUCCUUUUUUAUAGCUGCGCGGGGUGAACCCUGCUCCUGCUGGUUUCUUGCCCUGUGGGAGGUUAACAGCAGAAAUUACUGUAUAUUUUUUUCCCCCUCUUUUUAACCAUCUUGCCUGAUGUGUAGGUUUAAUUUUGUCAAUUUUUUUAUUUUUAUUUUGAGAUGAAUUGCAGUACCAACCUGUGCUCUGUAUGAUUCCUUCUGCUGGAGAGUACUCAGGGUGGCUUUCAUCUGUGCAGCCUCAUUCAUUUUUUUUUUUUCCCCUUCACUCCAUUUCUUUUCUUAUAUUGUAUUUUUUACAUCCCUUCACCUUUUUGUGUUUCUUGCAAUCUUAGAAGUUGGUUCUUCUGUACCUAAAUGUCCCAUUUCCUGCUCUUCUUCCUCAUUGUGCCCUGAGCUGGUGUAAAUCCAAUGGCUGGGAAAGCACACAGGGAAACGGGUUGACCGUGGCAGGGUUUGAGGCAUGGGGGUUGGGGACAAGGCCAUUACUGAGAGUUGUCUUGGUCUUUCAUUUUAGUGAUGACCUGACUGUAAUCACUUCUUGCCUUGUCUGGCGCUGAAAUGGGGGGGAAAAAAAACAAAA